AUGGAAAAUUGGGGACUAAUAAUUCUUCAUUCUGAUAAUGUACGUAUUUCAAAUAGUGACAGUAGUUUACCUAUUAAUGAUGAUUUUAUUGACUCAUCAAAGGAGGAGAAAAUUAAAGAACAAAAAAAUGUUCAAAGACAAAAUUUGAUAGAAAUUGAUAAAUUAGCUGAAAAAUAUAAAAUUGAAAAAUUAAUAACACACGAAUUAAUACAUCAAUGGUUUGGAAAUUUAGGUGAAAUUUUCUUUAAAUACUAUCCCCCUCACCUUUAUUUGAGUUUCCUCAUUAAUGCAAAUACGUUAUAUUUCCUUCUAAAAAGACGCAUAAUGGUCAGACUUACCUCUCCUUCUUUCGCCCAUUUUCUUAUGGCUCUUUUACGCCAAACUUCAAAUCCUUAA